AUGGUCCGGUCAAUCAAGAGUGCUUUGGCUUCGUUGUCUACAAUUCGUAAGCCGAGCGAUGAAAUGUUUUUGACAUUGUUGGUCGAGGCGGAGUCGAUCGUGAAUUCGCGGCCACUUACCUAUUUACCAAUAGAAUCAGAGGCGCACAAAGCACUGACACCGAACUGCUUCUUGAUGCUGAGUACGAGUGGAGUAAAUCAACCAACGAGGCACUUCAUCAACGACGAGAAGUUGGGAGCAUACUCAACCUGGAACACAUGCCAACAACUUUUAGACCAGUUCUGGAGUCGUUGGGUGAAGGAGUACCUCCCAACAAUUACCAAGCGGACGAAGUGGUUCAACGACUGCCGACCAAUUCAGGUGGGGGAUCUCGUAGUCCUAGUUGAAGAACAUCUUCGUAACGGGUGGCUGCGAGGACGUGUACUACGAGUAUUCCCAGGUCGAGAUGGUCGAGUACGCAGUGCGGUAGUGAAGACAAUUUCGGGAGUCAUGCAUCGGCCAGUGGUCAAAAUGGCAGUUCUGGAAGUAGCAGGUACAACUGGAGUGAACUCGCAGCAAUACGGGUCGGGAGAUGUUCCGAACAGCACCGAGCACAAAUUACUAGUGGGUUAUCCAGCGUUACAGGAACCCGUGACUGAAGACAUUGCAGACGAAAAAACAAUAGAUUGA